AGAUAAGAUAGUUUUGAUUAUAUUUGUCGGCUUAACAAGCAUGUCGGGACAAAGAGCUUUCAACUUACUUAAAGAACACCAACAAACAACAGACCGAUUAAUUUCUAAUUUCAACAGUGAGGACUUGAGAGCGAUUUUAGAAGAGAUUAACAUUGCAUUUCAAGAGAAUCAUCAAGAUGCUUUAAAGUUUCAAGAGACACGUGAUAAAACUUUAUUUCCCAUGAUUGGAUAUCGACAUGCGCUGCUUCAAAGAAACUUGAGAUGCACAUUGGCAUAUCUUUAUAAUAGAUUAAUGAAACUUAAGGAAAUACGAUGGCAUCUUGGACCUGUUAUAACACCUGACAUAAAGGAAGCGCUAACAGAGCCUGAAAUUCAAUGGUUUAAUAAUUACUCGAAGCUCUUAACAAAUUACAUGACUUCAUUUCCUGAUGCUAUAAACUUAAUGACUGAUAUAAAGCCUCCGAAAGCAUUGUUCAUUGAAGUUAAAUGCUUGAUUGAUCAUGGCAAACUGGAACUUGAGAAUGGCGAGACAGUUUUGCUGCAGAGAAAUAGCAUACAUUAUUUACCUAGAACAGAAUGUGAGCAUUUGAUAAGACAAGGAAUUUUAGAGCACAUUAGUCAUUAACUUUAAUUAAU